AGCCUCUAUGCAGUUGGCAGCACUGGUGAGCUGGGCAGAGCUGCUGGCCAUCUUUGUCUUAGGCGUACUGCUGCUCCUCAUUGAAGUGCUCUUCCGAGCCAUGGUGGUCAUCGGGCUUCUGCUCUACAUGCUUGUCACUAACUGAAGGCGAAGUGGGGAGGGCGCUUCUUUUUCCCCCUUUUCCCCGGAGCUCUUCAAGGAGACAAGAGGAGAAUCACACCAACCUCAAGAACAGAUGGAGAAAACCGUGAGCAGUAGCCAAAGGAGGAGGGGAGAUGAAGCUCCUGAUUCUCACUGCGUUUGCCCUGUUUUACGUGGCCCACUGUGAGGAAGGCGCCAGGCUUCUGGCCUCCAAGUCUCUAUUAAACAGAUACGCAGUGGAGGGCAAAGACUUGACUUUGCAGUACAACAUCUACAAUGUUGGCUCCAGUGCUGCUUUAGAUGUGGAGCUGUCGGACGAUUCUUUCCCCCCAGAAGAUUUUGGCAUUGUCUCUGGGAUGCUCAAUGUCAAGUGGGACAGGAUUGCUCCAGCGAGUAAUGUGUCCCACACUGUGGUUCUGCGGCCUCUCAAAGCUGGUUACUUCAACUUCACCUCUGCUACCAUCACAUACCUGGCACAGGAGGGUGGACAGGUUGUGGUUGGUUUCACUAGUGCUCCUGGGCAGGGAGGAAUCUUGGCUCAGCGUGAGUUUGACAGGAGGUUCUCUCCUCACUUUCUGGACUGGGCAGCUUUUGGUGUGAUGACCCUGCCCUCCAUCGGGAUCCCACUGCUGCUGUGGUACUCGAGCAAGAGAAAGUAUGACACCCCCAAGACCAAAAAGAACUGAGCAAAGCCAAAUGCCACCAGCACCCCAGAGCUCAGGAAAGGACAAACAUUAACCCACCCUGAACAGCAGGUGUGUUGGAAUUAGCAACAGUCACCCCUGCAAAGUGCUGCCUGGGCUAUGCUGCAGCCCUGUCGGCGAGAGGGGAUUGGUCGCUUCAAUGGCAGUGAUGUGUUGUCUUCUACAUUUUGAAAAAGAAACAAGCAAAAAAAAAAAAAACAAAACCCAACCAAAAAUCCCAAACCCCCACAGCCAAACCUCCUUGUCUGCAUAUUCAGAGCAGGGAACCCUCGCUCCGUUGCAGACAUAGUGCCAGUGCAUCUGUGAUACGAAUGUGUUAAUACCCAGAGGAGCCUGUUUGGGGGGGGUGGUGCAGCUCUGCAGCGUUUCUGGCAUUUGUGCUGCCUUGCAGACUCCAUUCAGCCAAAUGGCUCUUUGCCUGCUGCAGUCUUCUCAAAUGUGUUCAGUCUCAGGGCCCCCCCUCCUCCAAGUGCUGCCCACCUUGCUGAAACAUCUGUGGGAAGGAGCUCUAUCUACUGACAAAAGCAGACCUCCUUUUUGGUAGAGCUUGUUAGAGCUGCUGCUUUGCUAGGUGGGGCACGGGAGGUCCCUGUUAAUGCUUAUUCUCUAGGAAGCCCUGUUGUAUUUUGGUGAGCAGUUAAUUGCUGUGUUUCUGUUCUUUCUGGUUGCUCUGUUAAGGGUUGAGGUGUGUUGAUGUACUGAGGAUUUUGUAAUAAAAUGAACACCAUGGAAGAAGCCUGCCUUUCUUUUACCAGGAAGUCCUGGAGGCACCCGGAUGCCUUCAGAAGCAGCUAAUGGGCAUGCAGUCAGUAAAAUAAAUCACUACGUUAUUAAUAAAAUAACUGGAAGAGGGAAAGAAGGGCCCAGAAGGCCUGGUGCCUUGCAGCAGCUUUCCUGACGGCUCCAAGCCCUAGUAUGAGAUUUCUCUUCACAGCUGUAAAUAAAUGCUGCUGUGGCUGCAUGUUGGG